UUGUCAAAUGUCAGUUGCAAAAAGAAGCAGCAUCAGCUUGCAUACAUUUUUUCGCCGUGUCUUUUUUGCAAAAAGUUUUAUAAGUUGUAUAAAGAGAAAUUAUUGUAAAUUGUAUAAAUGAAAUUAUUGUCAGUAGUGUAAGAAAAGUGUGUACAAAGAUGGCACCGUUUAAACGCCAACGUCAACCGAAAAUGACCACACAAGCUCUUUUGGAUUUUGACUUGGGCGAAAGUUCUUCAGACAGCGAUUUUCAACCAAAGGAUGAAGAUGACGACGACGAUGAUGAUGACGGUGGUGAUAAUUCAAGUUCUGCUUCAUCCUCGGAUGAUGACGAAGACGACGAUGAUGAGGAUAAUGAUGAUAAGUGUGACACAGAUGAUUCCACGCUGCAGUUGAAACAAUUACUCGCAGAGGCUACAGAAGACGUCAAGGAGGACGAUGAGAAGAAGAAAACAACAACAAACAAACAAACUGAGGAGUUAGUGAAUGGUGUUGACAACAUAGAAAGCGUGUUGCGAAAAUUAGAUGCAAAACCGGUUACAGUUUCGAAAAUUCCUCUCAAGGCGAUUUGUUGUGUAUGCUUGGGUGAUCGUAGUGAUGAUUCUAAUGAAAUUGUGGAGUGUGAUGGUUGUGGCGUCUCUGUCCACGAAGGUUGCUAUGGCGUUAGUGAUAAUAAUAGUAUAUCCAGUACAAACUCAACCUGCUCAACAGAGCCAUGGUUCUGCGAAGCCUGUCGGGCUGGCGUAUCUGAACCAACCUGCGAAUUAUGUCCCAACACAGGUGGAAUUUAUAAGGAAACCGAUGUUGGCAAAUGGGUACAUUUGGUGUGUGCUCUAUAUGUGCCAGGAGUGGCGUUUGGUGAGGUUGAUCAGUUGUCAUGCGUAACACUGUUUGAGAUGCAAUACAGUAAAUGGGGUGCAAAGGUCUGCUCCCUGUGUGACGAUGCUCGAUUUUCCCGCACUGGCGUUUGCAUAGGUUGUGAUGCUGGCAUGUGUAAGACCUACUUCCAUGUUACUUGCGCCCAAGCAGCUGGUUUCCUAACCGAGGCCCAUCAUGAGGAUACCGAUGCUGCUGAUCCAUUCUACGCCCAUUGUAAGGUGCAUUCCGAAAAAGAAUUAAUACGAAAAAGAAAGAGAAACUACCAUACAUUCCGCAUGCAUAUGGAAGAAAAACAGAGGGAGAAGACGCUACACAAACUUGAUGAUCCAUGUCCUGCACAAAUGCGGAUAAAUCGCAAACUCCAAAAGUACCAAGUAAAGUAUGCAAAUCACAAACAGGCCCGACCGGAACCCUGGGUUCCAACUCAGAAAAUGUCGCGGAUGAUAACUACCUCUGCAUCUGCCUGUAGAAGACUCUUAGCCAAAGCCAAGGUUAUGGAUGUUGAUGUAGACCUUAUGGAAGAACAGGAUAUGCAAAUCCAAUCUCUAACCGAUAUUCGUAAGAAAUGGCACAUAGCUCCAGCCUUUAGUGUAGAAUUUGUUGCAUACUACAUUGAUCGCAUAUCUCGCUCUAAAGAACUGAAAGAACAGCUGACGGAAAUGAUGUCGAGAAAUUCUACACUUACAAAGGAACAGGGGCAUCUACGUUCGGAGUACGACGGACUGCUAGAUAAAAACAAAGAACUGAAAGCGAAGCACGAAUCACUUAUUAAUUCCAUAUCACAAAUGCAGACGCACAUCAACUCCUUAUGUCCAAACAAAAAUCUGCCGAAUCCUUUAAAUAUAGGCAGACCUAUCAGUGAAGAUCAAGCAAAAGCCUGCACACCGCCUUAUCGACCGAUUAGUGUUCCCACAGCGGCGGCUUUAAAGAUGGGAGUUGGAUUUCCUUUGGCUCGUUUGGGCCAUCCCAAUACUAAGGGCGACAAUAAUAGACUGCUCAGCACACAAGCAAUGGAUUCACCUUCGCUUGCAUGUAACUCCACGCCUAUAACUGGUUUCUCACCUUCAUUCCUCAGUCAAAAACAUAAGACCACUAAUCCACACCAUCAUUUGUCAACGUCUCCGCCUGUGGAAACUCACAACUGUGGCAUAUGUAAAAAAUCAACAGAUCAACAUUUAUUGGCUAAAUGUGACACUUGUAAAUUGUACUAUCAUCUUGGUUGUCUAAAUCCUCCCUUAACACGGCAUCCUAAAAAAUCGAAAUUAUAUGGCUGGCAGUGUUCCGAAUGUGACAAAUCCGAUCAAUCGGAUGGUCUGUCCGAACUACCCAAAGGACCAAGGAAAUCAAGAACGCGUUUCAAUAAAGACGGAAUAAUUGUACCCGUAGCAAAAAGUUGUACGCCGCCACCAUUUAAUGAAGAUAAUUAUUUGCAACAUUUAAAGCAUGCUAACACAGAUUCCACUGGAGGUCCUGGUCCUGCUAAAAGACGUUCCUUAGAUAAUCAAACAACAACAAAUGUAAAUUCUCUGAGUUCACCGACGUCAUCGUCAUUUAAGAAAUUAUUGAACAAAUCAUUGCCGAAUGCCAUCGAAAUGCCAGCAACGGAACGUACUGAACAAAAUGUUAUUGGCUGUAACAAUAACAACAACAAUAAUAAUAACGACAGUUCAGAUUCCAUUACGCCGAAGUUAAGUAAAAAGUCGAAAUUAAGUUUAAACUAUUCGAAAUCAACGGCAUCUCAACAGGAUUUACACCCGCCAACGAACAAACAACAGCAACAACAACAACAAGGAAUUGUAAAUAAGGAAAAACACAUUUCAAAACUCUCAAAAACUAAAGCUGAAAAUACUCAGCCAUCGCCGGUGCAGACAUCAUUGCAUAAUGACGAAGCAUUGGAAUUAGUUAAAACAUCUAAAACUUCUACACCCAUACCUUCUAUUGCCGAUACUGACCCAUUGACUUUGCCUUGUGCUGCAACCACUACUAGUAGCAGUAGUACGACGACGACAACCAUCAACCCAAACAAUAGUAAUUCUAAUCCUACAACUAAUGAAGAUUCAGCCACAGAUGUAAAUAGUAAACAAGCCCGCAAACAAAAACGGAAAGAUAAACACAGAAACAAACACAAUCUUUCAUCGGACACAGAAAGAUCAAUGAGUAAGGAACAUAAACGUAAGCGUAAAAAGAAACAACAUGAUUUGGAGGCCCCACAAGACACCAUGGCUGGGAUUCCCAAAAUAAAAAUAAAAUUCAAAACAUUACCGCUACCCGGUGAAGUAACACCGGAGGCACAGUUUUUUUAUGUUUCUGCCGAUAUGGUGCGUUCUGCUGAUGAAGCCUCUCGACCGGGCUCAGUGGAAACCAUUGAAGAGUUAACUCCGACUGCAUUACCAGAUGACCCUGUUGCUGCACAUACCCUUAAACACAAUACAACACCUACCCGUCCCCAAUCCGUUAACACAUCUACAACAAGAACUACAACAAACUCACCAAGUACAUUAGCAAAUAGUUCUCCCAUAAAAACAUCGCCACGCAAAAGUAGUCCACGAAAAUCGAAACAAGCGCGAAUGUCAUUUGGCGGCAACGGUAGAGCAAGUACGGGUGGCGGCUGCCGUGCCAAGACAACACCUACACAAAGUUCUAAUCAGGUGCUCGCUUGCUGUGUCUGUCAAACGAAUGGUACAUCAACGAAUAUGGUUACAUGUGACGAAUGUCGCAAACAUUAUCAUUUUACUUGCUUAGAUCCGCCACUCAAAAAAUCUCCAAAAAUACGCGGUUACUCUUGGCACUGUGCGGAUUGCGAUCCCACUGACGAAGAGAAACACUAAUUAUUGAUAUUUUUACAGUAUUUCAAACCAUUUACUUACAUUUCUCAAACAAAAAAAUUCUAUUAUUAUUCAGUGACACAGGUUCAAAUAAUUAUUGCUUUUUUCUGAAUCUUUAGAUGGUUAUAUUAUUAUAUACUAUGCAUGACAACCGAUUUGAGAUCGGUUUUAAUUUUAUUUAAUAUUAGGUUCUUCACAAACAAAUAAAUUUUACAUUUUAACAAUAAUAAUCAAAUUACAAAAAAAAAA